GCAGCUUUUACUACCAGAGGAAACAGAGAUGAGCAGAGACGGUGGCGGCGGCGGAGGAGAUGUAAUUGAAACGGCGGUUAAGAGUCUUGGCAAAGGGUUCGAUUUGACGGCGGAUUUCCGGUUGAAAUACUGCAAAGACGGCGACGGCGCCGCCGGAGAUGACAGGUUGGUUGUUCUUGACCAAACUCAAAACAGAGAAUUGCAUAUUCCUGGUUUCGGAGUUUUUCAAAAUGUCUCCGCCGAUAUAAACUGCGACAAAGGAGAACGAACUCGAUUCCGUUCGGACAUUCUUGACUUCAACAAGAUGUCGGAGUAUUUUAACCAGAGGUCGUCGGUGACCGGAAAAAUACCGUCGGGAAAUUUUAACGCGACGUUCGGGUUUCAAAGCGGGUCAUGGGCAACAGACGCGUCAAACGUUAAAUCUUUAGGUCUUGACGCUUCUGUUGUAACGCUAUUUAAUCUCCAUAUCCACAAUCCCAAUCGUUUGCGUCUCACUGAUCGCGUUCGAAACGCAGUUCCGUCUUCAUGGGACCCACAAUUAUUGGCUAGGUUUAUAGAGAGGUAUGGGACACACGUAAUAACUGGAGUUAGCGUAGGAGGACAAGACGUGGUAGUUGUGAGGCAAGACAAGUCAUCCGAUCUCGACAACGACCUCCUCCGUCACCAUCUCUAUGAUCUCGGCGACCAAUUGUUUACCGGCUCUUGCCUUCUCUCCACACGCCGGCUCAAUAAGGCCUAUCACCACUCACACUCUCAGCCCAAGUUUCCGGAGGCUUUCAACGUCUUUGAUGACAAACAAACGGUUGCUUUCAAUAAUUUCUCGAUAAACUCCCAAAAUGGAAUAACGGUUAUAUGCGCAAAAAGAGGAGGCGACGGAAGAGCCAAGAGCCAUAGCGAAUGGCUAAUAACAGUUCCGCAAAAUCCCGACGCGAUCAAUUUCAACUUUAUUCCGAUCACAUCACUCCUUAAAGACGUCCCAGGCUCUGGUCUUCUCGCUCACGCCAUGUCUCUCUACCUCAGAUACAAGCCGCCGUUAAUGGACCUACAAUACUUCUUGGACUUCUCUGGACCAAGAACAUGGGCUCCGGUCCAUAACGACCUUCCGUUUGGCGCGGCCCCAAACAUGGCUUCGGCAUAUCCAGCUCUUCACAUCAACUUCAUGGGUCCCAAACUAUACGUUAAUACCACUCCCGUGACUAGCGAGAAGAAUCCAGUAACUGGAAUGCGAUUGUUCCUCGAAGGCAAGAAAUGCAAUAGGCUUGCUAUACACUUACAACACCUAGAAAAUACAAGAACUACAGUUGGGGAAAAGAUCACCGACGAACAUAUAUGGAGAGGCUCCGAUCAAAUCACCGACAAUGAUCGAUACUUCGAAUCUUUAAACGGUAAGAAAUUCUCACACGUGUGUACGGCUCCAGUGAAGUAUGACCCAAACUGGAUCACAACAACAAGCAAUCACAAGUCCCAAAACGACGUCGCUUUCAUCGUCACCGGAGCACAACUAGAAGUGAAGAAACAUGGCUCAAAAUCUGUUCUCCAUCUCCGUCUUCGUUUCACUAAAGUCUCUGAACACUAUGUCGUUCAGAAUAGUUGGGUUCAUGGACCAACCGGAACUUCUCAGAAAUCGGGAAUCUUCUCUUCCAUGAGCAUGCCGUUGACUAGUGGGAGUGUUCAUCAUAAUAUGAUCCAAAAAGACAAAAACGAAGUCGUUUUGGAUUCAGGUGUCUUCCCCGGAGGACCUCCGGUGCCGGCGAAUAACAAGAUAGUGAAAUUCGUGGAUCUUUCGCAGUUAUGUCGAGGACCUCAACAUAGUCCUGGUCAUUGGUUAGUCACUGGAGUGAGGCUUUACUUGGACAAGGGCAAACUUUGCUUACACGUCAAGUUUGCUCUGCUACAUCGCCAACGUCUUCUUGUCUCUUCUUGAAGAGAAUACAGUAUAACAUUAUUU